AUGGACGAGAUCCAUGUCUCGUGGCAGGGGCCGAAGCCGGGGCCACGCGACCUGUCGGGCCUCCUGUCGGUAAGGCGGCGGGCGGUCGAGAGGGCGCUCGUCUGGCUUAAGGAGAACAACCCGCUCUACGGCGAGGUCGAGAUCGACGUGGCGGAGAUGGAGAGCUGGGGGCGCCGCCGCACGGGUGCCGUGGUGCCGCCGACGGAGCGGGCCAUGGACGACGAGGGCGCGGUCGAGAUCGAGGAGAUCCUCGUCAUGUUAAGCCAGGGCGGGAUCCGCGGAGAGGAGCCGAGGACGUGGGUGGGGACGGCGGCCGGAGGGGCGGCGCGCGGCGGCGAUGGCGACAAGUACGAGCCCUAUAUCCAGGUACGGCGCGGCAACGAGUUCGCCGACUCGGCGGACGCCUCCUUCUUCGCCAAGACCUUCCCGACGCUAUUUCCCUUUGGCGUGGGGCCGAGGCUCGCCGACGAGGCCGCUACCCGUGGAAGCGAGACUACCGGGUGGCGGGGCCGGGCUGCCGAGGCGGAGCGGGUCGCGGAGGGCCUCACGUCGACCCGGAACAUGAACCUCAAGCAUGGGCCGACGUCGUGCUACGGCGCCACGGCGGCCGGCGUAACGAGGAAGAACUUCGCAAAGGUCGAGGGUCUACUAAAGUCGUUAACGACGCAGAGGCUCGAGGCGGCGAGGGUCGAGCUCGAGGCCACGGGCAAGACCGGCGACGACGGGCCGAUGUCGAGGGAGAGCCGCCUAAGUAUGCGGAAGAAGAUACUAUCUCUCAUCGUCAGAUACGGGGUGCCGGCCAUUUGGUUCACGCUAAACCCGAACGAUAUUACGAACCCGGUAAAGCUACGGCUGGCGGCGUACCGCGCCCGCGACCCCGAAGCGGCCGAGGCCUUCCUAAGAGAGCUAGGGACUGCGUAUAAGCGGGUGCGGCUGGCGAUAGCGGACCCGAUGAGCGCGGCCGUCUUCUUUCACCGGGAGAUAAAGCUCUUCUUCGAGCAUUACGUCGACGUCGGGGACGAGUCGGUGUUCGGGCACGUCGGGGCGUACUACGGGGCGGUAGAGACGAACGAACGAGGUGCUCUCCACCUCCACGGGCUUCUCUGGCUAAAGGGCAAUGCGCGCCUCGGCGAGGCGCUGGCCGGCGCCGGCGGCGAGGAGCAGGCAGCGUACCGGGAGCGAAUAAUCCGCUACGUAGACAGCGUCUUCUCCGAGGAGCUAGACGCAGAAGGGCACCACGCUGUGCAGGCGGAGCGGUCGAUCACGGCGCACAUGUCGUCGUGGCUUGACGACGUCGAGCGCUUUACGGACGCGUUCGACGAGGAGGCCAACUUCUGCGCCGGCGCGACGCAGGUCCACACGCAUAGCGCGACCUGCGUCAAGUACUCGCUCGCGGGGGCCGGUCGUAAGGGCGACCUCUGCCGUUUUAAGGCGCCCUGGAGGCUAGUAGAGAGGACGGCGCUCACGGCGGACGGCGUGCUGGAGAUCCGGCGGACACAUAGCAUGGUGAACCGGUGGAACAAGGCGAUGGCGGUAGGGCUGCGGCACAACCACGACAUCUCGUUCAUCGCGACGCAGCGCAAGACCAUGGCCCUGAUCUACUACAUCACCAACUAUGCGACUAAGGUAGAGGAACCUACGUGGAAGCGGGUGGCCGCCGCGGCCGAGUUACUCCCGACCUUAGAGCCGACAGCAGAGAGCAGUAUCCCCAGCGCCGACCGCAACGAUAGCGGGGGGAACGGAGCCGGAGAGGAGGCCGCGGCGGACCCUAUAAGGGGGAACAAGAUGAGGGUGUUCCUACUAAAGGCGGCGAACCGAAUCUUCACGGAGCGCCCGCUAUCCCAGGUCGAGGUGAUCGCCGACCUCCUGGGGUAUCCCGCGGAGUUUUGCAGCGGCGCGGCGUGGGCGUACGUGAACACGAACCAGCUCUACUGGGCCGUCUUCCGCCAGUGGCGGCACCUCCGACUGGCGAGCGGGGUAGAGGCGACGGCGAGCGACGCGCCGGACGAGACGGUCGUCGUCGAGGAGGCGGGGCCGAGGAUCUCCUUCAUCGAGGCCUACCGGCAUAGAGGCGGGCUCCUACAGGGCCUCUGUCUCUACGACUACGCGUCGCUCGUAAGGCUGAAACGGAAUGGCGGAGGCGCCGAGGGCUGCGCGGCCUGGGGCGAGAUACCCUUUAACGAGAGCUGGGCUCCGGGAAGGACUGGGCGCAAGUGCUCAGACGGCCGGGUAAGGGCGAGCGUACGCCUAGACGGGUACCUCAGUAAGGAGUUCGGCGAGGAAGACGAGGAGUCAUGUCAUCGGAGGGCGGCGGUGCAGCAUCUAGCGCUGUUCGUGCCGUGGGAGGCAUUCGUCUGCGAGGAGACGGGCGACAUCAACGAUAUCUGGGCGCGGGAGCGGGCGGCGCUGGCGCCGAGGAUCGCGCGGCUCGCGGACAACGUACAGCUGCUCCGGCGGUCGGCGGAGGACGCCAAGCGCGACGCCAGGCAAUGGGCCGCUACGACCGAGGAGGGCGAGCCGGCGGCGGCGGCACGCGCCAACGAGGGCGCGGAGGAGGCGGCCGAGGGGCGGGCAGGUGUAACGGCGCGGUCGGCGGAGCUGCUGGCGAUGACGCAGCAGCUCUGCCGGUUUCAGCAGUCGGCGCUCUCGUCGGCGGCCGAGCUCGAUGCGACGGUAAGAGCCAUCAAGUCGCAGCAGAGGAGCGCCGCGCGGGAGCGGAGCGGGCGAUCAAGGAAUCCAGGGCGGCGCGGCGGCGUCGGCGCCCGGGGCCGACCGAGUGCGGCGCUACGCGGGGUGAUGGGCGGCUUCGGCGAGGACGACGUCGAGGUGACGGCAGCGGACGCCGACGCGGGGAUGCGUGUGCGGCUCGGCCCGUCGAGCUCGUUUGUCGCCGCCGGCAGGGAGCUAGCGGGCCGGCUAACGCUUAACGAGAAGCAGUCGAUCGCCCUCCUCAUCAUAUGCCGCCAGCUCGAUCAGGCCCGGCAGGGCGGCGACGCCGGCGACAGCGGCGACGCCGGCCAGCUCUGUCUAUUCGUCGGCGGCGAGGGCGGUACCGGCAAGUCGCGCGUCAUUGAGGCGCUCGUCGAGCUGUUCGCCCAGAGGGACCUAUCGAGCCAGCUACUAAUCACGGCGACAUCGGGGACGGCGGCGGCGCGGAUCAACGGCAUCACCCUGCACUCGGCCUGCGGCCUCUUGGUCGGCCAGGGCGGCCAGGCGGGGGGGUCGGCGAGGGAGGUAGACGGGGUGCGGCUGCCGGGACAGGGCGAACGCUUCGUCGACGGCCGGUCGCGGAUGGACUGGCAGGAGAAGGAGGUGCUGGUGAUCGACGAGGUCAGCAUGCUCGGGGCGCGCACGCUGCACGCGUUCCGGCCGGUGCAGGAGCGGUCGAUCCUGCUGCCGAGCGCGGCGGUGCCGUGGGACGCGGACGGCGCGUUCGCGGCCGAGCGGCGGCGGCAGCACGAUAAGGCGCACGCGCUAUGGAGGAAGUUUACGACGGUCGUCAUGCUCGACGAGCAGAUGCGCGCCGCCGGCGACCCGGAGCUACGGCGGCUGCUCGGGCGGAUCCGGCGGGGGGAGCAGGACCGGUCGGACCUAGACCUCCUCAACUCGAGGUGCUACCGGGCGGGCAGGCGGAUACCGUGGGAGACUGGGGUGACGGUGGUGACGCCGCUUAACAGGAAUCGCUGGAACCUCAACCUAGAGGCGGCCCUCGCGUUCCGGGCCCGGCAACGGACGGCGGCGCGCAUCUUCGUCUCCGAGCAUAAGUGGAGGGACGGCACGCCGACGGAGGAGGAGGCGGUGCUGAUGCUAGGCCAGGGCGACGACAGCGCGACUCCGGUGCCGGCCGUCUUCCUCUUCGUGCCCGGCAUGCCGGUCGUCGUGAACCAGAACACGCACCAGGGGCUGAAGCUAGUGAACGGGGCCGGGUACACGGCGGUCGACGUCAUACCCGACCGGGCCUUCCCCGGCCACCGGGUCUCGGCGGAGCUGACAAUGCACUUCGGGCCGCCGGUCGGCAUGGUGCUGGCCUCGGAGACGACCAAGGAUUUCCACUUCGUGGGGAUGCCGUCCGGGACGAUCCUGCUGACGCCCAUCAGCGUCAAGAUCCAGGCCCAGCGGAAGCGGCCGUGGCAGCGGAACGACGUGCAGGGCGGGACGCUGGAGCGCGUGGCGCUGGAGCUCCGGGGGGCGAGGACGACGACCGUCGACGGGCGCGCGGUACCGUCGCCGUGCGACCCGUAUAGCCUAUACGUGCAGCUAUCGCGGUGCCCGACGCUCGACGGCAUCAUGCUCGUGUCGGAGGUGCGGGAGAGGGACCUGGUAGGAACAGGGUGCCCGAGGAGAUGA